GCACCCGGCACAGCGCUAGGAUGAUUGAGGAGAGUGGGAAUAAGCGGAAGACCAUGGCGGAGAAGAGGCAGCUGUUCAUAGAAAUGCGUGCUCAGAAUUUUGAUGUCAUAAGACUAUCAACGUACAGAACAGCAUGCAAAUUACGCUUCGUCCAGAAACGCUGCAACCUCCAUCUUGUUGACAUCUGGAACAUGAUCGAAGCCUUCCGAGACAAUGGCCUUAACACACUGGACCCCAGCACCGAGAUUAGCGUGUCCCGCCUCGAAACCGUCAUCUCGUCCAUCUACUACCAGCUGAACAAGCGCCUGCCCUCUCCUCACCAGAUCAGUGUGGACCAGUCCAUCAGCCUCCUCCUCAACUUUAUGAUCGCCGCGCACGACAGUGAGGGCCGAGGCAAGAUGACGGUAUUUUCAGUUAAAGCUAUGUUAGCAACCAUGUGUGGUGGGAAAAUGCUGGACAAAUUGAGAUAUGUUUUCUCCCAGAUGUCAGAUUCCAAUGGCUUCAUGAUAUUUGGCAAGUUUGACCAGUUUCUGAAGGAAGUGCUGAAGCUCCCAACAGCCGUCUUCGAGGGGCCGUCUUUCGGUUACACUGAGCACUCAGCCCGCGCCUGCUUUCCCCAGCAGAAAAAGAUAAUGCUGAACAUGUUCUUAGACACCAUGAUGGCCGACCCCCCGCCCCAGUGCCUCGUCUGGCUGCCUCUCGUGCACAGACUUGCCCAUGUGGAGAACGUCUUCCACCCCGUGGAGUGCUCCUACUGCCGCUGCGAGAGCAUGAUGGGCUUCCGGUACCGCUGCCAGCAGUGCCACAACUACCAGCUCUGCCAAAGCUGCUUUUGGCGUGGCCACGCCAGUGGUUCUCACAGCAACCAGCACCAGAUGAAGGAGCAUUCCUCCUGGAAAUCCCCUGCAAAGAAGCUGAGCCAUGCAAUUAGUAAAUCUUUGGGGUGCGUACCCACCAGAGAACCCCCGCAUCCUGUUUUUCCUGAGCAACCAGAGAAACCACUUGACCUUGCAAAUAUAGUUCCUCCUCGCCCUCUGGCCAACAUGAAUGACACCGUGGUGAGCCACAUGUCCUCCGGAGCGCCCACUCCUACCAAGAGGUUACAGUGUAGCCAGGAUAUACCCAGUCACCUGGCCGAUGAGCAUGCGCUGAUAGCCUCCUAUGUGGCCCGUCUGCAGCACUGUGCACGCGUCCUGGACAGUCCCAGCCGCCUGGAUGAGGAACACCGGCUCAUCGCACGCUACGCCGCCCGGCUGGCCGCAGAGGCGGGAAAUGCGACCCGCCCUCCCACUGACCUGAGCUUUAGCUUCGAUGCCAACAAACAACAGAGACAGCUCAUUGCAGAACUGGAAAACAAAAACAGGGAGAUCCUGCAGGAGAUCCAGCGCCUCCGCCUGGAGCACGAGCAGGCCUCCCAGCCCACCCCGGAGAAGGCCCAGCAGAACCCCACGCUGCUGGCCGAGCUGCGGCUGCUGAGGCAGAGGAAGGACGAACUGGAGCAGAGAAUGUCGGCUCUGCAGGAGAGCAGGCGGGAGCUGAUGGUUCAGCUGGAGGGGCUCAUGAAGCUGCUGAAGGAGGAAGAGCAAAAGCAGGCAGCUCAGGCUGUGGGAUCGCCGCACACCUCGCCCACGCACGGAGGCGGCCGCCCCAUGCCCGCGCCAGUCCGCUCGGCCUCCGCUGGCUCCUCGCCCACGCACGGCCCGCAGGACCCGCCGGGCGGAGUCGGGGGAGACACGCAGGAGGCCUUUGCACAAGGUACGAGGAGAAACCUCCGCAAUGACCUGCUGGUGGCCGCCGACUCCAUCACCAACACCAUGUCAUCCCUGGUGAAGGAGCUCCACUCAGCCGAGGAAGGUGCAGAGGAAGAAGAAGAGAAGAUGCAGAAUGGGAAAGACAGAGGUUAACGGAGGAGCUGGGACGGAGAGGAAGCAAGGACCUUAAUUCUUCCCUAGUCCCAGUUAGAAGAUAGUGCAGCUUCUGAGCGUGCUCACUGGAAGGACAGCACAGAAGCAGUCAGACGGCCGUUCUGUUCCGGAGAAGAGUUCUUUCCAAGAGCAGAUGCCUUUGGUGCAGCCCUGAGAGUUCUCUUUGUUUUUCCAUCUCUUCUUCCCUCCCCUCCCCCCAGUUCUCGUGCUUAAAAGUUGGGCCAUCUUAGUUAUAGGUCUUUCAGGCACCAAAGCCAGGGCUGCAGACCUCACGGCUCAGAAAAGGAGCUUUCCCGGCCCCUCCGAGUAGUCUGACCCUGCAGGGUGCGUCCGACACCCUCCCCCACCCACCUGCACCGGGUCCCUCCUCACUCUUUUCCACUUGCACCUGCGGGCUGUGAGCCCACACCGACUCAGACCCUGCAGGCUACGGAUGGGCAGCGCCCAAGCUGCUGAAAUGCUCUCGCUGGCCUGGAAAUCACAGAGCCUGCGGGGCUUGGGCAGGCCUUUGCCUAAACUCACUGCACACUCAGGCAAGGCCCUUGCCAAGAGCAGCCAGAGGCUGCCCCAGCCAGUGAGGGAGUCAGGAGCUGACUUGUCCUUCAGGAACCUGCCAGAGCCCCUGUCUCCUGGGCACAGAAACUGGGGACAAGGAAAGGCAGGUCCACGCCAGGUGGCCCACCCCCAUUGCUGCAGAUGAAGAAACCAAGGCCCACAACCUAACCGGGGGGCCUGGUGUCAGAAGCAGAAUCGGAGCUGGGUCUUCUGCUCCCAGCGCCGUUCUCUGGCCCCGUUGGGAGUUAGGAGAAACGCCCUGGUGGUAGAGAGUCAGGUGAAAAGCAUGAAAACCCGGUGGCUCCAUUUCAGGGGCCCUAAGGUCUGUUCUCUUCGAGCCCCCUGCGUGCGUGCGGGCCUGUCUCUGACCUCCCUGCCCUUCUUUCUCCUCAGUUCUCCUUCCCAAGAAACCACCACCUUCCAAAUCUUGCACUUCAAACCCAGUUUUUUUUUCUUCCCUGGAAACGGGGACCCCAAUGCAGGGACCCCAGAGACCCUAGGUGACCUCAGAAAAGAGAGCAUGCCUUUCCCUGAAGGGCGCAUGAGUGCUGUCUGCCCUCUGCAUCUCCCCGGGUGAGAGGAAACAUCCCGCAGCCCAGCCCUGCACGUUGUCUCGU